GGAAUGCUCUGCAAGAUCAGCCUCUCAGUAUGUGUUAAUACUGAGUAAUGUCAUAGUCAUUUAACAUCUUGGACUUUUCUAAUUGCUGUUAAUUGUUAAUACAUUCCUUUUCAGGCAUUCCAGAGGACACACACUAUCAUGAUAAACGUUAAACAGCAUUGUUUACUAGAUAUUGAAUGUGGAUGGCUUACCAGUGAGUGAACUUUUUGGUUAAUGACUGUAGAAUUCAGUUUAAAUUUCUAGAUGAUAGAAUGCAGUGAUCAGGGGGCUCAAGCAUUUUACUUUGCAUUACUUGUGGAACUUGAUUUAUUAGGUUCUGAGUUUUUCUGAAUGCAUUCUUAGCAAAGAAUACAAAAUAAAAUAAAUAUUCUACGGUAUUGGACAACUUAGAAGAAAGAUGAAAGUUGUUAGACUGGGAUGAAACAUAAGUAAAACAAGCUUUAGAAUCACUGAGAUAAAAUAUUUUAUAAAACAGGUAACGAAAUGGCUUAUAGAAAACAGAACAUCCAGCUCUAAGUGUUCUAAGAACAUUAUCUUGAAUUGCUUAAAACCAUAGACUCUGCAACAUUUUAGAGCUGGAAGGGAUCUAGAAGCCAUCUACACCUUGUUGUCUACAAACCCGCUUCGUUGAGUUGAUGCCGACUCCUAGCGAUCCUGUAGGACAGAGUAGAACUGCCUGGUAGGGUUUCCAAGGAAGCAGACUGCCACAUCUUUCUCCCACGGAGUGGCUGGUGGGUUCAAACCGCUGACCUUUCAGUUAGCAGUCAAGUGCUUAACCACUGAGCUUCCAGGGCUUCUGUAUAUGCUGUACAUAAAGCCUUAUUUUCAAGAGAAGAGAGAUAUGAAAAUGGUCAUAAAUUAUAGAAAUGACCUAUUUUUAUGAUUUGUUUAAACAUUUUUUUGUGGAUGAUUUGGAAAGUAGAGAACAUGAGGUUUCAUUUAGAACUAUUAUUUACAAAACAAAAAACAGUGACAGUGACAAAGAAAUCCAAUACGACUUAAUUUGUGAUUGAGUCUGUUAUAGCUGAGUGUAAUUUUAGGUCUCGUGAGGGAGGGCAGCUUUGGAGAGUCCCAAACAGUUAACAAUUUCAGUUCCUUGACUUGACCUCUAAUUAGCUGAGCAACCUUGGGCAGAUUGUUUUACGGGGGGAGGAAGGGUGGUGCCUAGUUUCCUAAAAUGUAAAACGACAAUAGUAGUACCAACCUCAUAUGUAGGAGUUUGAAAAAAUAAAUGUGACUUGUAAGGUUAAUGGCAUUACCAGUAGUGGUAUUGCAAAAUAAAUAGUUUAAAUUAGAUUGUUUCCAAGUUAGUUUAGUAGGAGGCAAGUAGCGUGAAGUGUAUAUGGAUAUGCCAGUAUUUUUAAUACUUUCUCCAGGACCAGAGUGCAGGUGAAACAUAGAAAAGGCUUUCAUAUAUAUUGCAAGUAAUAUACUUAUUUGCCAUAUCUAAUUUUGAGUAUCCUGGUUCUCAUGAAGUAAUAUUUGGAACCAGUUUUGGGACUCUGUUAUUUUUUCCCCUGAUUUUCUCUUGUUUAUUUGGGGGAAAAAUGGUGUGGGGGAGGGGUCCAAUCCCUUGCCCAGAAAUUCUAGAUUAUAUUAAACCCACCUCAAAAUGCUGAUUAUAAUUAAAAUUGUUAACUUGACUUCAAGUAGAUCUUUAAGUAACACAAACUGAAUUACUUGGAAGACAAUUUGCCAAAUAAGCCUUGAACAUGAAAUAUUGCAGAUUGUAAAAUAAUCGUUAUUUGGAAUUAAUCUGAUGACCUCUAAGACAGAUUCAAUCUUUCUUGCAUUGGCUCCUUCAGUAUGCCACUGGCUGGGUUUGCUUGUAUAUAUUUGACCAAGUCAUUUUCCUGUUACUAGUGGUAAUCUACUUUUCACUUAAGAGUCUGCUAAGAAACCCACUUAGGAACAUUUGCCAUGUUCUCUUGAAUAAACUGUUCACUUCCUUUUUGCUCAGAUUAAUGGCACGGGAUUUCUGUCUAAAAACACUGGGAUUGUCCAAACCUAUGAAAUUAAUUGGUAGUUAACCUUCCUGUGUUCUCUACACGUGAGCCCCCAUGUAGGCAUAGGAGAACUGUGCUCUGUAGGGUUUUCGAGGCUGUGACGUGUUGGAAUCAGGUCGCUCCACCUGUCUCCUGAGGUGCCUCUGAGUGAGUUCAGACCGCCCACCUUCCAGCUAGUGGUUGAACGCUACUGUUAGCACCGCCUGGGGCCAAAGUACCCCCCACCAUAGCUUAUAUAGGAAUGCGUGUUUUUAAUAAAUGAUUCUCCGUCUUCAGUCAGUCAGUGAAGGAAUACGUUCCUUACAGAUUAUGAGGUUGUGGGUGGGAGGAACAGAGGUGACCUUUUAAUUGUGAUUGGAAAGCUGUUUUGACAAUGAUAGAAAAUUGCUGUUAGAGACUGAGAAUAAAGGUGUGUUUGACAGGCAUCUCUUAAUGAAGGAGUGCAAACACUGUCUCUGCUGUCCCUGGUACUGUUACUACUAAAUGGUCUGUGAAGUGGGUUAUCUACAGGCAUCAAUUUGUAAACUCUUAAUUACUCUGGAAAUGCUCUGUUGUUGCCAUAAAGGUCCACAGAUUAUACAAAGCAUCACAAUCUCAGUUCGUACAAAACUUGUGACUGGACACAGAAUGUGGUUUUUUAUUGCACCUCAAUUUCAAUAAGUAUUUAUUGAGUGUGUGCUAGGUGCCAAGCACUGUGUUUGAGAGUACAAGUCGUCCCUUUUAUUUUGUAAACAUGUAAUAUUUUGUAUAAAGUGCUUCCCUGAAAGUGAGUUUGAAAAGUGAAUGUACAGACGCUUAAGGGAUAGUCUGUUCAUGGAGAGAGAGAGAUAGUCUGAGGCAGUGCUGCCUCGGGUGCCUGGGGGGACUUGCAGGGUACCCGAGCUGGAGUGGCACCAUUGCUGAGAUGAGUGGGUCUUGUGGUGCUACUCUGCAUGAGCACUAGUGAUCCCCUAUGUGCAGCCUCGGGAACGUCCGUAAGCCAUUAUGACUGAGACUCGGCCAUAUUUCCUCAUGAUACAGCACAUGGUAGCCAGUACCAUUAUGUAUAGUCGUUCAGUCACCUUAUCUGGUUAAGUUAAAAUAAAAUAGAAAUAAGUCUAGGAAUGUUGUAUGAUGCUAGAAAAUGGACGUGGGAUGAAAGUAGAGGUCCGCUAGGUUCUCUUCUGUGUGAGGACACAGUGGUGGGGGCAGAGAGUAAGGUACAUGUGGAGCUCAGUGUGGUGAGCCUUAAGUGGCAGUAUUCAGGCAGUAAGGACUGGGCUGGAUGCCCUCUAGUGCAUGCUUUCGUGUGUCAUUUCACAUGGGUUAUUAGUUUACUGUCCCAGUCUGCUACGCUAUAGUUUGAUACAGGUCCCCCCAGCUGGUUUGAUCAAAUGGCAGUUAACCGUAAAAAAUGAUACAUUUGCUGAGUGAUUUUUGAAUGAAUGAAUGCAAAAGUUGCAAAUAGCCCCCAACUCUGUAUAAACAGUAUUUUAAAUAUAUAAUAUGACAUCAGUUUGCUGUGAGAGCUCGAAAAGUGAUAAUAUGGACUGUUUGGAAAAGCAAAACAUCACUAGUGUCAAGAAAGAUGGGUGGGACUUAGAUUAUUGGAUAUGAGGAGAUGGAUCUAUCUGGGAUAAAUAAAGACACCAGAAUGGUAAGCAGCAUGCUCUGUGUGGGUAUAUGCAGAAGUACUGCCUUAUCAGACAGGGAAAACAGAGUACAGAUAGUCCCCGAUUUAUGAGGUGUUCCAGUUAUGAGGAACGCUUAGGGCCAUGCUUAGACUGUUUUUGUUUUUUUGGACUACGUACAGUGUUGCAGUGCGUGAUUUGCUGAUGUUGUCUUUCUCAGAUGUUCACUCACAGAUGUUUAUAUGUAAUGUUUCCAACCUCCAAAGACGAAUAAAGAUCUGAUUUAUAAGGAAACUGACAGUAAAAGGCAGUAGUGAAAACAAACAAACAAAAAAAAGAUAUUUGACUUACAUCAGAACCACGCUACGUUGGAGUGGUCGAAAUGGAACCCUGCUAUUCAGUACCUCAAGACAAACCCUUAUGUGGAUUCCAGAUUCUUUUUUUUCCAGUUUGCUGAGUGGAAGAAUUUCAACGCUUCGAGAUGAAACUGGUGCUAUAUUUAUUGAUAGAGAUCCAGCGGCGUUUGCACCCAUUUUAAAUUUUCUUCGGACAAAGGAGCUAGACUUAAGGGGAGUGAGUAUUAAUGUUCUCAGGCAUGAGGCAGAAUUUUACGGAAUUACUCCAUUAGUAAGAAGGCUUCUCUUAUGUGAAGAGCUGGAGCGCUCAUCUUGUGGCAGCGUCCUGUUUCACGGCUACUUGCCUCCGCCAGGUAUUCCUAGCCGUAAAAUAAAUAGCACAGCGAGAUCCUCUGCUGAUUGUAGAAAUGGACUGAAUUCUGCAGAAGGUGAAGCUCGGGGAAAUGGUGCCCAGCCUGCUCUGUCUGGAGCUGGAGAAGAGACUGCUAGGCUCGCAGGAUCUCCUGUGGGUCCACGAAAGGUGCUAAUAGUAGCUGGCCAUCACAACUGGAUCGCAGCUGCCUAUGCCCAUUUUGCUGUGUGCUACAGAAUCAAAGAGUCUUCAGGAUGGCAACAAGUGUUUACAAGUCCGUAUUUGGAUUGGACUAUUGAACGAGUGGCUUUAAAUGCAAAAGUGGUUGGAGGUCCACAUGGAGACAAAGAUAAAAUGGUUGCUGUAGCCUCAGAGAGCAGCAUCAUCCUGUGGAGUGUUCAAGAUGGAGGAAGUGGAAGUGAAAUAGGGGUGUUCAGCCUUGGCGUUCCCGUGGAUGCUCUGUUCUUCAUUGGUAACCAGUUGGUGGCCACCAGCCACACGGGGAAGGUCGGGGUGUGGAAUGCCGUCACUCAGCACUGGCAGGUUCAAGAUGUCGUUCCUAUCACUAGCUAUGACACUGCUGGGUCUUUCCUUCUCCUGGGAUGUAACAACGGAUCCAUAUACUACAUAGAUAUGCAGAAGUUCCCUUUGCGAAUGAAGGAUAAUGAUCUUCUUGUAACCGAACUUUAUCAUGAUCCCUCCAAUGAUGCUAUUACUGCUCUGAGUGUUUACCUCACACCUAAAACAAGCGUCAGCGGUAACUGGAUCGAGAUUGCCUACGGUACAAGCUCUGGAGCAGUACGCGUGAUUGUACAACACCCAGAGACAGUUGGGUCAGGCCCUCAGCUUUUCCAGACUUUCACAGUUCACCGAAGUCCUGUCACAAAAAUCAUGCUGUCGGAGAAGCAUCUCGUGUCAGUCUGUGCAGAUAAUAAUCAUGUUCGUACUUGGACCGUGACACGAUUCAGAGGGAUGAUCUCUACCCAGCCAGGUUCUACUCCUCUAGCAUCGUUCAAGAUACUGUCUUUGGAGGAGACGGAAAGUCACGGGAGCUACCCCUCUGGAAACGACAUAGGGCCGUUUGGAGAGCGAGAUGAUCAGCAGGUGUUUAUCCAGAAAGUUGUUCCCAUCACUAACAAGCUGUUUGUCAGACUCUCAUCUACCGGGAAAAGAAUCUGUGAGAUCCAGGCUGUGGACUGUACGACCAUAUCGUCAUUCACGGUGCGGGAGUGCGAGGGCUCCAGCAGGAUGGGCUCCAGACCGAGACGCUAUCUCUUCACAGGCCACACAAACGGCAGCAUUCAGAUGUGGGAUCUGACCACAGCUAUGGACAUGGUUAACAAAAGCCAGGAGAAGGAUGUAGGUGGUCCAACCGAGGAAGAGCUGCUGAAGUUACUGGAUCAGUGUGAUCUGAGUACUUCGCGCUGUGCUACCCCCAACAUCAGCCCGGCCACAUCCGUGGUGCAGCACAGCCGUCUGCGCGAGUCCACUUCCAGCCUUCAGCUUCAGCACCAUGAGGCCAUUCACGAAGCAGCUACGUAUGGUUCCGUGAGGCCGUACAGGGAGAGUCCUCUUCUGGCACGGGCGAGGAGGACCGAGAGUUUUCACAGUUACAGGGACUUCCAGACAAUUAAUCUGAACAGAAACGUAGAAAGAGCUGUCCCUGAAAACGGCAGCGUGGCUCCAGUCCAAGCUGAAGUGAAGUGGGCACCAGGGGAAUGUAAUGGAGCUGAGAGAAAAUCUCCUGGAACGGAAAUAAAAAGUUUGAGAGAAGCAGAGAGUGGCUUGGAAGCUCAUAAAAUAGCUGAAGGUUUUUCAGAAUCCAAGAAAAGGUCAUCAGAAGAUGAAAAUGAAAAUAAAGUAGAGUUGAGGAAGAAAGGAGGAUUUGAAGGUGGAGGAUUCCUGGGAAGAAAGAAGGUUCCCUAUCUAUCGUCACCAAGUACUUCAGAUGGAGGUGCUGACUCGCCUGGAACCGCGUCCCCAUCUCCUACAAAGACCACGCCAUCUCCUCGGCACAAAAAAAGGGAUUCUUCAGGUCAAGAGUAUAGCUUGUGAAGACGCACCAAAAUGAAUAGUUGUUUUGUUCGAUUUAGAUGAAAGCUAAACUUCACUGGCUCUCAAAUAAACUAGUUUUCACAUCAAAACCUAACAAGUUAAAAUUGGACUUCAUUUAGUAUCUUUAUAACAGAAUUUCCAGGAGUAAAGGAGCUAAAAUAACCUUACUUCUUAAUGUUUUGGGAGAUUUUUUUUUUUUUUUUUCAGA